AUGACAUUACUUUUACUAGGUUACCUGUUUGUUUUGUUUGACAUUGCAGAAGAAACGACAAAUGAACUGUUGACAGUGUCCGAAACAGCUUACGCCAUCGAAUGGUACAAGUUUCCCAAAGAGUGCCAUUCUACGAUAAGGUUCAUAUUGCUGAGGUCAUGCGAGCCUAUGUUUUAUAAGCUCUUACUUGGGCAGAGGGUGGGAAAGGAAGCAUACAUGGCAUUGGUGAAGGCUACAUACUACUAUCUUAACAUGAUGACAGCCUAG